AUGACCGUCCACAUCACUUCAGCAGCGCAAUGGCGCCAGAUACUCAGCUCCUCCAGCGUUGUCAUCACCGACUUCUACGCUGACUGGUGCGGCCCAUGCAAGAUGAUUGCGCCGACUUUCGAAUCGCUCUCGACCAAGUACUCCAAGCCGAACAGGAUCACAUUCUGCAAAGUCGACGUCGACAGCCAGCGCGAGAUCGCCCAGCAGUAUGCCGUCAGCGCCAUGCCCACCUUCCUCAUCCUGAAGAGUGGAUCCGUCGUCGAGACCAUCAAGGGUGCCAACCCUCCCGCCCUGACGGCCGCCGUCGAGAGGGCAGUCAAGCUAGCCGGCCCGGCCGCCGGCGGAGGUGCGGCUUUCUCCGGUGGUGGGCAGAGGCUGGGUGGCGGAGGUGGAUCUGGUACCACGUCCGGCCCGCGACAGUUCCAACGGCCAGGGAACUGGGAUUUGAACAGCAUCAUCAACUCCAUCAUCGUGUUCUUUGGUUUAUACUUUGUGUCGCUAUUCUCUUUCGAUCCAUACAAAGCCGCCGAAUCGUCAAAAUACAACAUCAAGAAUCCUCCGGCCCGUACUGUCAACGCGAAACCGGCAGAAACGCCAGCAUCUUCCCAGGGACCCUCACAAUCGCCGACCGAACCAGCAGCCCCUGCAGACACCCACGAGACCACUUCAGAAGAUGCACCCCUCGAGUACCCUGCACGACCCGAAGGGGAUGCAACACCAGAGGAGAUCGAGAAAUUUGUGCGCGAGACAAAGGCCACCUUUGGAGAUACUCUGCCACCGCACUUCCUCUACGAGGAAGAGUACCAGGUGUACGAGCGGCUCUUCGGACCCCCGUUGCGCGCGACCGAGCCAGAGGACAUCGGAAUUGGCAGCAUUGCCGUGGAAGACGUCACCGAAUCCUCCGAUCCCACCGGCGCGCCAGGACAUGGAGGCCCUACGCUUCUUAGAGAGGAUGGCCAGGGAGGCCUUGAGGAGGUUGAAUAUACCCCGGCUUUCAAGACCCGCGAGCCUGCAGAUGCACAAGCAGGCGAAGAGGCGGAGAUCGACCUCGAUCUCGAUCUAGAAGCCCUCAACAAGGACCCACGCAUCAAGUACUUGCAGGGUGUGGCAAAGAACCAGCGUCAAUACGAGGCCCUUCUUCAACUCCAGGCCGAUUUCGAGGCAGCCAGCCUCCAGACGCUGAUAGACGAGGAGGCUCAAAUAGCCGCUGCGGAAGCCGAAAUGGCUCAGGCAGGGGAGCCCGAGCACGGUGCACCGGCCGAGCAGGAGGCCAAGGAAUUUGCAUGGGAUGUUCAAGAAGGGGCGGGACUUGAUGCGGAUGAAUACAAGGCUCGUGAGGUGGAUCAAUGGGAAGAGAGGCAGAGAGAAACCGAUCGCCUUCACGAGCUGACCCUUGAGGGGCAAUCCAGGACCAACCCCAGCACUAUCUUUAUUCCCAAGGAGAGCAUUGUUGAGCCCAUCACGAAGCUCCUGAAGAGAACGGAUCCGAAGCACGUCAAGGAAGCAGCAGAGAAUGUGUUUGGUGGCCCGGGACUGCCUUUCUCUGCGCGUACGCCGUACAACAUGAGGAAUGCAAAGCAAGUUGGAGUUGCGUUGAGGGCUACCGACCACCGCAUGUCAGAGAUCGAGGCCGAUGCUUACAUGGCGACGGUCCUGCCAACUACGUACUCUACGAUAACCAGUAUCCUAUCAGAAGUUCGCAAGAGGUUGGGCACCGAGUGGCUCCGCGGAUUGAUGCAAAAGAACGAGGGCAAGGGUCCGCGAGUUCUGGAUGUGGGCGCAGCUGGCGCAGGCCUGCUUGCCUGGCAACAUGUUGUUGAGGCGGAGUCGGAGGUGAUGCGGUCGCAGGGCAUCUGGAACAGCCUCGAGGUUCCCAUCGGAAAGAGAACGGCGCUUGUCGGUAGCAACUUCUUGAGGCAUCGCGUGUCCCAGUUGUUGGAGAACACAACCUUCAUUCCCCGCCUGCCCGAUUACCUACACUCGGCCGUAAACGUCUCCAAGCACAUUGAUGCGCCGGCUGACCCCAAGGAGAGGAAGACGUACGACGUCAUCAUGAUGUCGCACGUACUGAUGCCGCUCGACAAGCAGUUCAAGCGUGAGGCUUUGCUCGACAAUCUCUGGUCCCAGCUGAACCCCGACGGCGGUAUCCUGAUUGUGAUGGAGAAAGGGCACCCGCGUGGCUUUGAGGCCGUCGCAGAUGUGCGGAUGCGUCUUUUGGACGAGUUCAUCGUUCCUCCUGGCUCAACAUUCUCUAGCAAGGCCACUGGCGCGGACUUGGAGGACCAUAUCCAGACCAAGGAAUCGAAGGAGAGGGUGCGUGAGCAUGGUAUGAUCAUCGCGCCGUGCACUAACCACAAGACCUGUCCCAUGUAUCAAACACCUGGCUUUACGUUUGGCCGCAGGGACUUCUGCCAUUUCUCGCAACGCUUCAUCCGCCCGCCCUUCUUCCAAAAGGUCCUCGGUGGCGUCCAUCAGAACCACGAGGACGUCGACUUCAGCUACCUAGCUGUCCGUCGCGGCGGCGGCCAGUCUGCGGAGUCGUCGUCCACCGAGGCCACCACCGGCGGCGACAUGGAUACCAACACCAGAAGGUCGCCCCCAAGCGGCCCCUGGCAGGGCAAAGAGGCGACCGAUCGUGCCUUUGAGGGCUACGGCAAGAAGGGUGAGGCGCCACCUUCGAUGUUGUCCCUCCCGCGCAACAUCCUCCCACCGCUCAAGCGGACGGGUCACGUUGUCAUGGACGUGUGCACCCCUGACGGCAACAUCGAGCGCUGGACGGUACCCAAGUCGCACGGCAAGCAGGCGUAUCACGACGCGCGCAAGGCCCGAUGGGGUGACCUGUGGGCCCUCGGCGCCAAGCAGCGUGAGCUCCGCAAGGUCAGGCUGGGGAAGCCCGGCACCGAGGUGCUCAACGACCGCGCCAACCCGCUCGGCGGUAAGGGCGACGGUGGCGUGCGGGCGCGUCGGGCGCUGGCGCAGGCCCAGGCCAGGAGCCAGCUCGACAAGAUCAACCUCGACGUGAGCCAGACUGGCAACAUCGAGGGCGCGUCCCACAAGGCGCGGCAGCACCAGGUGGAGAGGAGAACCAAGAAGGGAAGACUGCCGCCUAAGCAUUCGGAGCUGGACAGGUUGAAGAAGGAGAGCAACGAGGAUGAGUUUGACGACGACGAAGACAUGGAUCCGGAGGUGGCCAAGGCGCUUCCCGCGACUGCCCUCGCACUCCCCACGCCCUCGGACGGCGCUAAGACUCAGGUGGUAGUUGCAAGUCGUGACGUUUCCGCUGUCAACCCCACCAAUCCCUCAUCGGAGAUUCACGACCAUGUCGAUCAGAAGCUGCCAGACGGUCUUGUCGUCGAGCAGGGCCUGGGACUUGCAGCCCGCUCCCAUGAUGACUUGACCCUCGUGGAUCCAGGGCCACAGAAAGUUCCCGCGACUCCCCUCGGUGGCGAUGAUCUCGACGAGCUGCACAAGAGGUGGUUUGGCAGUUGGGUCAAGGACAAGUGGAAGAAGGGCACGGGAGCGGUCAAGAAUUUCUUCAGCUGA